GAUUGUGAUCUGAUCUUUUAUAUUUACAAAAAAGCAACAAUUUUAGAGAUAGAUCCGAGUGAAGGUGGCAGCUAUGACGCCGAAGCAAAAGUGUGGCAUGGGCCAAAAUUCUAUGAGUUUUACGAUCGCAAGGCCUCAGUGGGCCGUAUACUUUUCGAGCAAAUGCGUCGUUGUCCAAACAGUAUCUGCCAAGUGUCCGACACCGAGCAGAUGAGUAUAACCUACGAAGAAGCUCUGGUAAAUGCCAUUCGUGUUGCGGAAUCCUUUCGCGAACAAAAAUUUACUCAACGUGAUAUUGUCGGAAUUACAGGACGAAACACAACCCACUUAAUGGCAGUUGUGCUAGCUUGCUUCUUCAAUGGUAUUCCUGUGCAUGCGAUCAAUGCGAAUCAGGAUGAAAAGGCUAUAAAUGCACUCUUCGACAUUACAAAGCCGAAAAUGAUCUUCUUCGAUGGGCAAGAUUAUACGAAAAUCAAAAACGCCACAAGUCAACUGAAGACUAGUUUAUGUACUUUAAGUAAUCACUUGUCCAAUGUGCCAAGUGUGUUGGAUCUUAUGCAACCGAAUGGGGCGGAACAUAAAUUUCGUCCAGCCGAAUUAAUUGAUGGCCCAGAUCAGACUUUGGCAGUUCUAUGCUCAUCUGGCACAACGGGUCUCCCGAAAGCAGUGAACAUCUCCAACCAUAAACGAUUCUUCGAUGUUCUUCACUUCCUCACCGCUGAAGAUGUGAUCUUGGUCAAUAGCACUUUGGACUGGAUAACGGGUUUGAUAAUGCUCAUCGCAAGUAUCGGUGUCGGCGCUAAACGUGUCAUUACAGAACGAUCUUUCGAUGUUGAAUACUUCAUGCAUUUAAUACCGAAAUAUAAGAUUUCAUUCACCAUACUCGCGCCGCCGCUAUUAGCUGUUUUAGUUAACAGUCCAUUGAUUGAUGCAAACAAAUUAGAGAGCUUGCGUUACUUUGCCUACGGGGGCAGCAGUUGUGCCACACGAACACAACAACUGAUGCAAACGUAUUUGAGACGCGCUCGCAUGCUCUUCGUUUAUGGCCUGACAGAGUUCGAAGGUGUGCUGACGAUAAACUAUACGCUGGCCGGGAAGCCAAAGUCCGUUGGUCGCUUACAACCGGGUUUCAAGGCAAAAAUUACGAAUGAAAGCGGUGAACGUCUGGGACCUCAUAUUGCGGGUGAAAUCUGUUGCGCACACGAACGUCGCUGGUUGGGGUAUUACAACAAUAACGCUGCGACGGAGACCAUAUACAAAGCAGACGGUUGGUUUUUUACCGGCGACGUGGGUUUCUUUGAUGAGGAUGGCUAUUUGCAUGUAGUGGAUCGGAAAAAGCACCAACUCAAGUAUCUCGGACACCAAUACUGUGCGUUUGAAAUCGAAGAAGUGAUCGCCGAAAUACCGAGUGUGGCCGAGGUUUGUGUAUUCGGCAUCGAGAGGGAGCAGGAAGGCGAUGUAGCCGCUGCGGUUGUGUCUUCGAAACAAGGAAGCUCAUUGACUGCGGCGGAUGUUGUCAGUUAUGUGAAGGAGCACAUCGACUGCAAUUACAAACAAUUAAAUGGUGGCGUCCUGAUUGUGCAUGAAUUGCCGAAAUUGGAAAAUUCAAAGCUUAAUGUGGUGGCGAUUAAAAAAUUGUUCUUAUCGAAGCAAGACAAAUGAGGACCCUUGCUGAGCGAGUUUACCAAAAGCGGUCGUAGGAAAUAG